AACUGUUAUUCCUUCACUCUGUGUUUUGGUCUGGUCAGCACUAGUAUACCGCGACUUGUUUCCAUGCCAACGAUACGCAGAAAGCAUGUUACUGGGCCACUUAGAGUUCACCGCUGCGACUGCAAUUUUUAACUUUCACUUUCGUUUUUGGAGCAGAUCGCAAAGCAGCUGUAGGACAGCUGGCUAACAGGAAACGUUAGCAUUAGCGUCUUGAACCGUCCUUUCCUCCACAGGGGAAAACAGACCACAGAAAGUCCAUGCAGGAGGGAUUAUUGACUCAGUGCCACUCACCUGAAGCUGCCAUACACGAUGAGGAGGAUGGAAAUGAGGAAGGUGGACACCUGGCUGGAGUCAACUAGGGAGUACGCCCUUAAGAGGAGAGAGAGAGAAAGAUCAAGACGCCUUCAGUUGUCGGGCAGAUAUCCCAACACAGAAGAAAUAGAAAAGAUUUCACCAAGAUCAGGUGAAACACACCAGAUACUUCAUUGAGGUGGAAGAAGAGCAGAAGCUGUGUAAGGGCAACGCACCACAAGAGCCAUGUGGGAGGAGAGUGAGGAAGUAUUGCUAUUCAUAAGCAUCAGGCCCAAACGCUUUCUCUACUGACAAACAUUGACGAUUCCCAGAGCGACUCCAAAUUUUUCCUCAGGGGGAGCCCCUGCUAUGAACCCCAGCUCCCUUGGCUUCAGCAGGCAAUCGAAGCUCAGUGCCAGGCACUGUGUGGGCGUCCCAAAAGUCUGGGUUCUGCCCACACAGGACUUACAAACUGCUAUCCCCAAUACACAAAGAAUGAAAUCCUCCUGAGUCACUCCUCUGCGUGGUGGCUCUCCUAUCUUCUGUUACAUUGGUCUAUUGUGAAGUUUUGUCCGCCACUCCCCAGCAAGUUCCAACCUUUACGGAGUGCUCUACUCCCCCCACAAAUCAUCUUCUGUCACUACUUCAUCGUAAUUUGCUAUCCCAUCAAGCAGCAGCACGAGUUCCUUUGUGCUCACCACGUGGUGGAGGACCAUGGGAUGCCGUCAGAGCUCGGAGGAGAAGGAAGCGGCUCGGCGCUCGCGGCGAAUCGAUCGCCACCUGCGCUCAGAGAGUCAGAGGCAGCGGCGUGAGAUCAAGCUCUUGUUGUUGGGCACCAGCAACUCAGGCAAGAGCACAAUUGUCAAGCAGAUGAAGAUUAUCCACAGCGGAGGCUUCAACCUGGAGGCGUGUAAGGAGUACAAGCCCCUCAUCCUGUACAACGCCAUCGACUCACUCACCCGCAUCAUCCGUGCCCUCACCACCCUCAAAAUCGACUUUCACAAUGCUGAUCGCGCCUAUGAUGCUGUGCAGCUCUUUGCCCUUACAGGACCAGCUGAGAGCAAGGGGGAGAUAACUCCAGAGCUGUUGGGGGUCAUGAAACGUCUGUGGGCCGACUCAGGGGUCCAGGAGUGCUUUCACCGAUCCAAUGAGUACCACUUAGAGGACAACACUGCCUACUAUCUGAAUGACCUAGACCGCAUCUCUGCACUUGAGUACAUCCCCACUGUAGAGGACAUCCUUCGAUCCCGUGAUAUGACCACUGGCAUUGUGGAGAACAAGUUCACCUUCAAGGAGCUCACCUUCAAGAUGGUGGAUGUUGGUGGACAGCGCUCAGAGAGAAAGAAGUGGAUCCACUGCUUCGAGGGCGUGACUGCAAUCAUUUUCUGCGUCGAGCUUAGUGGCUAUGACCUCAAACUCUAUGAGGACAACCAGACGAGCCGUAUGGCCGAGAGCUUGCGCCUGUUCGACUCCAUCUGCAACAACAACUGGUUCACCAACACGUCGCUCAUCCUCUUCCUCAACAAGAAGGAUCUGUUGGCGGAGAAGAUCAAGCGCAUUCCUCUGACAGUGUGCUUCCCUGACUACAAAGGUCAGAACACCUACGAGGAGGCAGCGGUCUAUGUGCAGCGGCAGUUCGAGGACCUCAACCGCAACAAGGAGACCAAGGAAAUCUAUUCGCACUUCACCUGUGCCACCGACACCAGCAACAUCCAGUUUGUGUUCGAUGCUGUCACGGACGUGAUCAUCCAGAACAAUCUGAAGUACAUUGGGCUGUGCUAGGACCUGAGGCUGGGUGGGGCUUGGGCGGGGGGAGGGUGGGUAAGGCGGCAGUCGUCCCGCAAUCAGGCUGGAUAAACAAAAAGGCAUGUCAGUCUGCCUGGUGGUUUAUCUCUUUGAAAAGUGCAAGAGAGAACUGCAGAGGAAGGGAGGUAAUGGAAUGGACAGGGAUGGACGAUACUGUAGAUUCAAGUGUUUCAAUAGAAACAACUGAGCUGAUGGGCUGUGGUCAACAUGGGAUUUUUACCCAAUGUGUUUGCACUGAAUAUGAGUAUGCAGAGACACCCAAACACACCCAAACACACACACCAAACUCACACAUACACACACCAAACACACACACAGACACACACAGACAUCUUUAUGUUUGCUCACAUACUAGAUCUUUGGAUCAACAGUCAAGCACUUGUUUGACAAGGCAACACUGGAAUAGUAGACAGCUACCCCUACCUGCCUGCCAAAACUGAGGGCGUAGGUCUGUACUGGUGGUUUUCUGUUACGUUUGUCUACUUUAUUUUAUUUGCCAGAGUCAAUUAAUGCUGCUUUACAAGAAGAAUUUUGACAGAAUCAAUGUUCUCUUUUUUGGAUAUUCACCCUAACAAUGGUAACCAAGUGAGUGCACCUGUUAAAAAACACGAAGAGAGCUUGUAAUUCUGAGGAAAAAAAAGUCUGUAGACAUGAUGUCACAGGGUUUCUGCCUAAAAAGAGGAAACUGCCACAGUGUAAAGCUGAAGUGAAAUAUGUUUUCUACACACUAUUUCUGUUUUUGCCCCCUGGUGGACUCUAAUGUUGUUUUUUUCCCCCUCUUUAUUUUAAAUUUUAUGUGCUUUGAAAAAAAGAAUAUGUCUCUCAAACCUGUUUGACUGCAGGUCACUCACUGACUUAUAAUACCAGGAGAGUGUUGUGCUCCAUAAAGUUAAAAAAAGUAUUCUUUAAGAUCAUUCCAGUUUCCAGCAAGAGACGACAAAAACAGUGCCAAGAUCAAUUUGUAAAUAAAACCAGAUCCCAUCCGUUAUGUUACUUUUUGUUUCGUUUUUAUGGACGAAUACAUUAGAAAAAUGCAUGAUUUUGUUACUUUGGGAUACUAAUAUAUUUUCUUUGGGAUUAUGUUCCUCUUUUCUUAGGUUUUAAUAAUAUAUUCCCAAAAAUAUAUAUAAAAGUCAAACACUGUGUACGAUUGUACAGUUGUCAGAGAGGAAUCUAUUGAAAAGAGUUAUAUCAAUAUAAUAGCGAUGAUUAUAAUGUUAUGAUGAUGAUGGAAAAGAUGACAAUGAUGAUGAUGAUGAUGAUGAUUACAAUGAUGAUGAGGAAAAUCUCACUACAGAGUAAGCAUGAAGAGAGAAAAUGGAUCAAAGAAGAACAAGACUGUAGAAUAAAAAGUAUGAAAACAAUGAAGCAAACGUUGAAAGCUCAAUCUUCCUUACAUUAUCUACGUGGAAAUUGUCAAACAGCCAGUCAGUAUGAUGUGUAAAUAUACUGUAAGGUACACUCUUUGUUCAAACAAAUGAAAAUAAAGGUUGAGUUUAG